AUGGAGGGGCGGCUCGCGCUCUGCGCUCUGCUUCUGCUGAGUGGCACCUUGGCCGAGGACGUCGAGGAGCUGUGGUGCGACUGGGUCGAGGUGGAGGAGUGGCCGGCGCUGGGCUCCCAUUGCCCGGCAGUGCCCGACGGCGGGAACGUCACCAUCUGCUGUAGCUGCUGCUGCCCCUCUAGUUGGUGGCUGUCCCAGGAGGACGCGUUGGACCAGGAGGAGCGCCUGGCCGAGGACAAGCCGACGGCUGCUUCUGGGGCUGCUACUCAUGACACGAGAAACGCAUGCGGAACACAAGUGCGCGGGCAUCUCGAGCGAGGGGAAGGCAAAGAGCGAGGCGCCGUUGCUCCCCGGGAACCAUGGCAACGGGAGAGGCCUACGGACCCUGCUUCGAAGUUACGUCGGCUUAGCACCUUGGUGACCAGCUGGGCAGACAACUCGAAUAAGGGUACAGCAGAGCAGAUGGAGCUGAGCAGGGACUGCAGCAGUACCAUUCCAGAUUAUUCAGAGGAUACAUUUGCGUCCUUCAGUGAAGAAGAAGGGGAACGCUGCAGGCAGUAUGAGAAUGAAUCAUUUGAAUCUUAUUACUCUGGAGAGGAGCUGGAAUGGCCUGCUGAGUCGGAUCAAUCUGAAAACACACGGCAGCCUUCAAGCCAGAAUGAUGAAGAACAAGAAAAAGAUUUUUUGAAUUCUACAGUGGCAGAAAACAGUCGGAUUCAAAAAUGGAUCAGCCUUUUGAAAGUUGACAGACCUACCACUGAGCUUGCUGAAUGUGCCAGUAAACCAGAAAAUGCAUUAAUAAAAGCGACUGAGGCAUCUGAGAAAGAACUAUAUGCUCUACGAUAUUUUUGUACCAUCAAGAUUAACCAGCUCGGUCACUUGCCAAGCUCUGUGCUUUUGAAUAUGCACAAGCAUAAUAAUCAGAAGCCUGGAUUCACUUCAGAGAAGGUCUUGAUGCAUGGUGUGAACCAUAUUGUUCCUGAUCAGCUCGUGAACAAACUCCACCUGAAAAAUAUCAAGGAGACUAUGAAACAGUUAGCAGAAACAGAAAUGCAUCAACCAUCACAGUGCCUUGACUGCAAGAAGAAAAGAGCAGAGCUGGCAAAAGAUACUUUUCUGAGAAGAAAGAAAACCUUAAUGGAAUGGAUUUUGCUUCAAGAGAAACUGGAAAAUCAUAUCUAUACCAAAGAUGCUCUUGUACUCAUUGGAGAAAUACACCAAAGUCUUCCUAAACCUUCUGAGGAUCCUAGGAACAUCUGGCAAGAACUGAAUAAGAGAGCUCUGCAAGCAUAGAGCCUGGCUCUGUCGGAACCAUAACCAAAGUGGAAGAGACAUGUAAAGUCCAAUGCACAUAUAUUGAGCAAUAAAGUGUAUUGUCUUUUUGAUAUUGACAAACUGAACUGUGAUCAAAGAUGUCCCUUUUGCUCGGCUCCACAGCUAGGAUUUUGGUUCCCACCCCAGUACACAUGGAGAAAAGCA